AUGCUUCAUCGACCUACUCUCAUGCCUGCAUCAAUGAAAUCAUCCUCAAAAUUCAAAUUAUCUACUAAUUCAAAACAUUCAUCUCAUUCAAUUAAAAUAGAAAAUCCAGAAUUGAUUCAACUACUUAACUGUGGUGAUGAUGAUGAUGAUGAUGAAAUAGUUAUUGUAGAACCUACAGAUCCAGAUGAAGAUCGUAUGAAACAGGAAGAUGCAACAUUUGAUGAUGUAUUAAACAAAGAACAAGAAAAUUAUGCGGAGGAAGAUUACAAUGGGAAUGAUGGAGAUAUGAAUUCAAAUGACUCUCAUAUGAAAGGUGAAUCUCACAUCCCAGUGUCGAAUGUUAAAGUGGAUGAAGCCACUGGAAAUGUAACUCCAGUGACCGUAACCACAGAUUCGGUUAAACCUAUUGGAAUUUUACCUCUGAAUGAUGUGAUUCACAAUUUACUCACAUGUACACCACAUGUUGCUCCCACCAUACAAAAUGUUGCACUCCAACCUAUACUGUCGGGUAAAAUGAACGGAUCAGGAAGUGUGCAAAUGCCGAAUGUUGUUUCCAAUGCAUUGCCUACAUUGUGGCUUCAUUCUCCAGUUGUGAAUUCAACGGGAAUGAGUGUGCCUAAUGUAAAUAGUGUGACAGAUUUGACGAGUAAUAUUGUACAGAAUAGUGGGACUGCACUGAAUCCACUUGUUGCUGCUGUGCUUGUGAAUUGUGCCACAGUGAACAUGAUAAGUCAGCUAGCUGGAUCAAUGUGUACUCCGAUGGUGAACAGCAGUAUGAUCGAUGUUAAUGUUAAUGGUAGUAAUGUGAACAACAAUAGUAACCACAUUAGUAGUGGUUGUAGUGUUAGUAGUGGUAGCAGUGGAGUCAACACAGUAACAAUCCCUACAGCGUCAUUACUUCCCAAUUUGUUAUCUGCCAUUCCGUUGUCUACGUAUAUAUCCGGAUUAGGACUGAAUACAACUGGAGGUAUAAUUACUUCACCAAAUAGUUUGUGUAAUGUUGGUGUUACUAGUACAGCUGUUUCGUCUGCUGCAACCCUUACUAAUAAUAAUAAUAAUAUUGGUGGUAUGAUUGUAACACCAUCGAAUGUUGAGAAUAUCAUGGUUUCAUUGUCAUCUGCUAGAAGUCAAGCUGAAAAGAAUGAUGUGAUGUAUAAUACUGAAAGAUCCGUUGUAAAUAAUUCAUCUAAUGAAAUUAUUAAAAAUAUUGAGAAUAAUAAUGAUGAUAAUAAUAAUAAUGCAACAACUGUCAAAUCCGAAUCAUUUCAGUCAUACAUGAUAAUUCCUGAUUCCAGAACAAUGUUUAGCACUGAGCCUACAAGAGAAUUGAGAAAGUAUCAUUGUACAUAUCCAGGGUGUGACAAAUCGUUUGCUAGACGAUGUCGGUUGAAUCAACAUAUAUCAAGGCAUAUGAUUACUGAUCCGAUAUCAUGUGAUGCACCGAAUUGCAAUGUGAAAUACUUUUCAGAGGAGGAUUUGAAAAGACAUAAAUUAUCUCAACAUUCAUCAGCCGAUCAGGAUUCGAGUCGUCAAUAUGCUUGUACAUUUUCUGAAUGCAGUAGAUUAUUCUCAAAUUUGAGUAAACUCAAGGAACAUUUAAGAACUCAUACUGGUGAAAGGCCCUACAGUGUGAAACGUCAUGAAUUUAGGCACGGACUUGCAUGUAAAUUCAAUGAACGAUUUUCUUCAUCCGCUGACAUUGUAAGUAAUUGUACAAACCCGACUAUUUUUGACACUUCUGGAUUCUUACGCACUAAUUUUAAAACUACUUCACCGCUCAGGUCGCCAAUAUCAAAAGAACCAACAGAAAAGAGAGAUGUGUUAUUGAAUUCAUCAAAUAUUUCAAAAAAUCGUAUUCUCCCAGCUAUUGCACCUAAAUCAACAGUUUCUCUUCCUAGUCCUCACAGAAUUAAGAGGCAAGAAAUAAGAAUACAUUUUGUUUGUCCAUUUAAGGAAUGUGGUAUUGAAUUCUUACAACCAAGUAAACUUCGUGAACAUAUAUGUCGACAUACAGGUGAACGACCAUUUGUGUGUGAUCAAUGUAAAGCUUCAUUUGUCCGUAUGUAUGAUUUACGUCGUCACAGCAAUAUCCACAUUCGUGGUGCACAACCAAGGAGUUUAUCACGUUUUCUCACAACUCCACAACAAACAAAUGAAACACUUAAAUCUAUUGUCACAAACAGUCAAAUUUCUGUCAGUACUGCUUCCAUUACCACUCCCUAUACUGCUACUAUUACUACUACUAUCAAUACUACUAAUACUAUUCCCACUGUUACUACCACAGUUUCUGCAACCAGUCUUAUUUCAGAUACUAUAAAUCCCACCAUCUUUACUGUUCCUGUUUCCAUCAGUACUCUUAAAGUUAAAGAAGAGUCAGAAGUAAUCAAAAUGGAAGAAAUUAUUGAACAAUCAACAAUUCUGCAACCGUGUGAUACUGAUGAUCAGAGUUCCACCCACACGUUACUCUACACACUCCUUCAGUCUAAACAUGAGAAGUUACAAUCUCCCUGA